AUGUCAGCCUACCUCGUCCACGUCAAGUCGGCUGAGAAGCUCCGCAAUGCCGAUGGUUUCUUUGGGAAGUCGGACCCCUACGUCCGCCUCCACCUCAACGGCACGUCUGACAAGUUCACAACCAAGAUCAUCGCGAAUGAUUUGAAUCCGAAAUGGGACGAGUGCUUCCUGAUCGUGCCGGGGAACACAGGAGCUGUGCCUAGCCUUGCCUGCACCGUGUGGGACUCAGACAAGGGCAUUGUCGUCGAUGGCUCGGACGACUUUUUGGGUGGCCACGAGUUCAACCUCGCCGAACAGGUCGGGGAGACGAAUGGCUGGCGCGAAAUGCGGGCCGUUCUGAACGGCCAUAAGGCAAAGGGAUUUUUGAACCUCGCAGUGAAGCGAUACUGCGCGCUCUCCAUCACCCUGGACUCAGCCCGCAAGCUUCGAAACGCCGACGGCAUGUUUGGCAAGUCCGACCCCUUCGCCAGGCUCGUCGGUCUGGUGGAGGAGGCGGGCGGCAGCAAGGCGCAGUGGGGCACAACCAAGGUGGUAAAAAAUCAACUCAACCCUGUGUGGGGCGAGUCCUUCACCAUAGAUGUGCUGCACCGCAUGUCGCGCGGUGGUCGGCUCCGCCGCCUGCAGAUCGCUGUCAAGGACUAUGACGGGCCCGGCACCUUCUCCUCGGCCAAGGAGGACGACCUGGGUACUGCAAACGUGCCUUGGCGCGAGCUCUUCAGCGCCGAGCCCAGGCGCACGACCCUCGGCCUCAAGUUCAAGGGCAGCGAGAAGGGGAGCGUCAAUGUCGCCAUUACGCCCGCCGCGCCGCCCGGCGCCGCGUCGACGAAGCCGCAAGCAGCGGGCGAGCGGCUGUCAGCGGCAGAGGAGCGGGUGCGCGAGCUCGAGGCGGCCGUGCGGAUCAAGGAACUGGAGGAGCGCCUCUCGCGAUCUGUCAGCCCGGUCAGUCAGCGCCAGUCCGCCGAGGACCUGCAGCAGGACCCGCAGCAGGCGCGCAUCCGAGCCCUCGAGGAGCAGCUCGCGGCGGCGUCGAUGGGCUCCAGCCCGCCACAGCAGCUCUACCCGGCAGUCGCGCCGCAGCCGACCUACGCGCCGGCGCCGAUGCCGCAGCCGACCUACGCACCGGCGCCGGUGCCGCAGCCGUACUACCCGCCGGCUCCACCGGCGCCGGCGCUGCUUUCUGUGCGCGUGCCGGCCGGCUACGGGCCCGGGAUGCAAAUCAUAGUCAGGACGCCCGCGGGCCAGCAGGUUCCGGUCCAGAUUCCUCAGGGCGUGUUCCAGGGGAUGGAGUUUCGCGUACAGGUGAGCUAG